UAAGACACCGCUGGCACAGAGGAAGCUGAUUCUGGGGAGCGGACCGGCUGGGACGGUCUAUUCUGUGCGGAGGGGUCGUGCGGUUUCGGGAUAAAGUCGACGUAGUACCCGCGUUGAUAAAUAUCAUUUUUCAGCGUGUUUGAAAUCGUUAUAUGGGCUCCAGAGUCGCGACUGGCGUUGUUCUUGUUUCAAAAAAAACUCCGCCCUGUAUUCCGAUGAAUAGCGAGGCAAGCGCUCGCCGGAGAGAGUUAACCCCCGCCCCCGCCGCCGCUGUGCGAGUUGGACGAGUCGGGAUGAAAACCGAGCUGCGCGACACCUCCGUCUCCAAACCGAUAGAAGAGGCGAGAGACGAUACGAGCCUGCCUCGGAAAUGAAAGCCGAGGCGAGCUGAAAGCGCUUUUGUAAGAUACGCUGCGCCGUGAAGCUGUGGGGGGGGCCAGGCGUUCACCCCCACCCCAACACCUUAGGUAGGCCGUCCUCGUCUUUUAACCUUUCCCACGUUUGUCGAGUAAGGUUUUGGCUGAGUUAACGGUGUCGUUUUCCUAAAGCCACGAAGUGGGUCUAGCCGGAGUCCGGGGGGAAAAGCUCAGUCGCAAACCGCCAAACGAAGAAGAAAAGGGGUAGAGGAAACCAGGCAGCCAGGGACGUGGAGAGAAGACCAGAAGGGGAGAGAGGAAGUUAAGGAACGGGUUAAGACGCCAGCCUUGCCAUCCGCCAUCUGCUUGUCGGUCUGUCUGUCUGUCAGAAAGUGUCAUGGGGAAACAGAACAGCAAACUGCGACCCGAGGUCCUGAACGACCUGCGGGAAAACACAGAGUUCUCGGACCACGAGCUGCAGGAGUGGUAUCGCGGCUUCCUCAAGGACUGUCCCACAGGGCACCUUACUGUGGAGGAGUUCAAGAAGAUCUACGCCAACUUCUUCCCGUACGGCGACGCAUCCAAGUUCGCAGAGCACGUCUUCCGCACGUUUGACACCAACGGCGAUGGCACCAUCGACUUCCGGGAAUUCAUCAUUGCCCUGAGCGUGACAUCUCGUGGGGGCCUGGAGCAGAAGUUGCGCUGGGCCUUCAGUAUGUACGACCUGGACGGUAACGGGUACAUCAGCCGAGCAGAGAUGCUGGAGAUAGUUCAGGCAAUUUACAAGAUGGUAUCAUCCGUGAUGAAGAUGCCUGAGGAUGAAUCAACACCAGAAAAACGGACCGACAAGAUCUUCAGACAGAUGGACACCGACAAUGAUGGCAGGCUGUCCCUAGAAGAGUUCAUUAAAGGUGCCAAGAGUGACCCCUCCAUUGUCAGGCUACUGCAGUCAGACCAAGGAACCUCUCGCCAGUUCUGAGGACAAAAGAAUGGACACGAAACCAGUGACCACAACAAAUAGACACUGUCUCUCUCUCUCUCUCUCUCUCUCUCUCUCUCACACACACACACACACAGAGUCUGCAUUGUAACCCAGGUCAAGCAGUAGUAAUUUUUGAAGUAAGAUCACCAAAUGUAGAUUCACACUGUCUUUCUCACACACGUGCACACACACCACACACCACACACACACAGGCAUGCCUGCCGCUAAUAUAAGUUUGGGAGAGCCUCAGUCAUUAUCAUAAGCAACUAUGUGCUCAUAAUAUUCUAAUUCAUGUCGCUCCAUGACUUGGUGUUUACAUGAUCUAACAGCUCCCUAUAUUGUAUUGAUGCGGCUCCAACAGUACUUGGGUGGACCAUGACGUGCUCCACGAUUAAGGGGAGAAAGCUAAAUACUUUUCCUAAAAAUGUGCUUGCCUUGAGAUGGUUUAACAUGUUUUCCCUCAGUGACGUGCCAUACUGCAUGUUUAUAUACUUUACAUUAUAUCCUUGCAAGUAUUAUCCCCCCCCAUUGUUGUUACAAAAAGAAAAGUUACUUUAAAAUACCACUACUACCGACUUGGUGUAAAAUAGAAAUUCCAAAAAUCCGUAUCCAGCUUGAACUUGUGGCAGGAAAACUGGUCUGCAGUU